AUGAACCUUACUAUCUCUAACGAAAUCACUGAUCAGAUAUAUGGUCCCCUGGAGUUGAGCGGAGAAAUGACUCUGCAAGACCUUACUGCUCUUCUUCAGGUCGAUUGUGGGUUUGACGACGAAAAGCAUGAAAUCUACUACAAUUCAGCCAAACUGGACCCUGGCAGCACCCGCAGUUUGGGCGAGGUUUUCACAGGUGAGAAUCAUCUGGUUGUGAUAAGGCCUAAGAGUGGCAUUGAAGCAUCAAGUCUCUCCGAUGACGCAUUCGUGGAACAGUUCAGGCAAGAGUUGCUGCACAAUCAGCUGCUCAGGUCCCAAUUGAUCACGCAGAUACCUGGACUCGAUCAAACGUUGCAGAAUCCUCAGCUCUUCAGGGAAAGAAUGGGCCCCGUUAUAUUGCAGAGACGAUACGGCCUGGGAGGAGCUGAUAAUCAGGCUCAGAAUCCUUUUGGCAUAUCUUCCCGGGAGUAUAGAAGGCUGAUGAGUGAUCCGGACGACCCGCAGAAUCAAGCUAGAAUCGCCGAGCUUAUCAACCAGCAAGAGAUUGACGAGCAGAUGCGUAACGCCUUGGAGUAUACGCCGGAAAUGUUUACUAGCGUCCACAUGCUGUUCGUGUCGCUCGAGAUCAACGGCCACCCCGUUAAGGCAUUCGUUGACUCUGGGGCUCAAACCACUAUAAUGUCCACCCGUCUUGCGGAGAGCACCGGGCUGACACGGUUGAUUGACAGGAGGUUUGUAGGUGAAGCGCGUGGUGUAGGCGUGGGUAAGAUCUUGGGAAGAAUCCAUCAGGCCCAGAUCAAGAUCGAGACCCAGUAUAUACCCUGCAGCUUCACGGUCCUGGACACACAGGUUGAUCUUUUGCUCGGUCUGGAUAUGUUAAAGCGACAUCAGGCAUGCAUAGAUCUACACAAGGACGUUCUGCGAAUCGCUGGCGUGGAAACGAGAUUUCUCAGUGAGUCAGAGAUACCCAAGGAUUUUGUUGAGAACAUGGUGGGACCAAAUCCAGGCACUGCAGGCAAUCCUGUCGCUGAAACGGUGCCUGGUACAAGCCCUCAGGUCGCAGGGACGAAUGCGGCUGCUACCCGAGGCGCUGAUGCGUCUGCGAGGGCCUUCCCAGAGACUGCCAUUAAGCAUUUGAUGGAUCUGGGCUUCUCAAGAAAGGAGGUGAUCGCGGCACUUCAGAGAGCUGGCGGUAACACAGAGAUUGCGGCCUCGAUACUAUUCCAGUAG